GCCUGCGUGGGCGGGGCUCGCCGGUCCCCGCGACCAUGGCUCCCGCGGUCGCCAGCGCCCCCGAGGUGGUUCGCGCGGCGCAGAAAGACGACUAUUACCGCGGCGGGCUGCGGAGCGCGGCGGGCAGCGCCCUGCACAGCCUGGCGGGUGCCAAGAAGUGGCUGGAGUGGAGAAAGGAGCUUGAGCUGCUGUCAGACGUCGCCUACUUCGGCCUCACCACGCUGGCAGGCUACCAGACCCUCGGGGAGGAGUACGUCGGGGUCAUCCAGGUGGACCCGUCCCAGAGCCGCGUGCCCUCAAGGCUGCGCCGGGGGGUGCUGGUGGCACUGCACGCCGUCCUGCCCUACCUGCUGGACAAGGCCCUGCUGCACCUGGAGCAGGAGCUGCAGAGCGACGGCAGCGGCCCCCGGCCCUCUCAGGGCAGCCUGGCACCGGGUCUGCGGGGCCGGUCGGGAGCCAGGCGCUGGGUGCACCGGCAGGCGGCGGCCCUGACGGAGCGGCAGAGGAAGGCGCUGCUGCGGGCCGUGCUGGUGUUCAGGCAGGGCCUGGGCUGCCUUCAGCGGUUCCACGUCGCCUGGUUCUACCUGCACGGCGCCUUCUACCACCUGGCCAAGAGGCUCACCGGGGUCACCUAUCUCCGCGUGCACCGCCGGCCUGCAGAGGACGCAGGGGCCCUCGCGAGCUACCGGCUGCUGGGGCUCGUCUCCCUGCUGCACCUGCUGCUCUUCGUGCUCCUGCAGCUGUACAGCGCCCGGCGGAGGCAGCGCGCCCGGCGGGAGUGGAGGCUGCACCGAAGCCCAUCCCACCGCAGGAGCCACGCAGAGGAGAAGGCGGUGCCCCGAAGCGCCCUGUGCUCCCUGUGCCUAGAGGAACGCAGGCACCCCACGGCCACGCCCUGCGGCCACCUGUUCUGCUGGGAGUGCAUCGCCCAGUGGUGCGACACCAAGAUGGAGUGUCCCCUGUGCAGGGACAAGUUCCCGCCCCAGAAGCUCGUCUACCUGCGGCACUUCCGGUGACGAGAGGGUGGGCGGCCCAGGAGCCACCACCACCAGGAGGAAGCAUAACUCUGCCCUGAGGUGAACGCUGCCUGCACAGGAGCCACAGGGUUCUCUCGUUUUACCCUUUUCUCCCAUAAGACGCUGCACCAGCAGCCCAGGACAGGCACCGGAUGGCGGGGCCCCGGGGCGGGGUGCGGGGGCCUCCGCCCCGCGCAGUCACCCGAACCUGCAGAUGGCAUGUGGCCGGGGAGCCGCAGCCCAGGACGCCCCGGUCACCUCGAUGGCCAGAGAACGGGCCGCCUGGCGGGUGACAGGGCUUGGCCUGAAGGAGCAGGCGUUGCGCUCGGUUUUGAAAACGAGACUGUUUUCGGGGCAUCGUCAGCCCUCCAAGCCCCACCCCCUGCAAACCACGCGGUCCACCCACAGGACUAAGAAAGCGGCACCCGGUCGAGGCCCACUGAAGUGCGCCGCACCACCUGUUAACGUGCAUGUGCAGCCAGUUCCCCGCACAGAACGUGGAGUCCGGGCCUCACACACGCUGGGGGCUCCCAGCAGCGGCGCGCCGCCCACCCAGGGCUCCCGCUGGGGCCAGGCCAGCCUGACGGAGCUCUGUUGUCCUAACUCCUCAGAGGCCCCUGGGUGGGAAGGUGUCACCUCUGUCUCCAGCUUCCUUCCUGCCACUCGAAUGCUGUUUCCAGGUUUUUAAAACUACUUGACUUGUGCCAGAGGCAGGGCUUGGCCCCAGGCAUCCUUAGGAACAGGCUACACGGCAGCGCUUGCGCGCUCAGGGCGCCGCGAGGGUGGAGCAGGCGGCGGGCGUCCAGAGGGCUGCUGUGCCAGGCCCCGGGCCACCCCUGCCAGCGUGCGCCACACGGGCUGUGGUGGGGCCCGCACAGGCGCCCCGCAUCAGAGAUGGCCCUGCUCUGCUGGGUGGCAAAGGCCCGCUGCAGUCGGGCCUCUCCGGUCCCGGGGCCCCUGCUCAGGCUCCAGGGGGCACAGGGCUCCCGUUGCCUUAGCCCGAGGGCCGACCGGGGAGCCCGUGGGGGAGGGGAAGAGGCACGCAUGGCCCAAGUGCCACCGUGGGACACCAUUGGCAGGAUGGAGGUCUGCGCGCGGCCUCCGUGGAGCAGGAGCUCAACCUUGGCCAUGCACGUGAAGGCGGCCCCCAGGCGGGCAGGGAGCCACCUGGCC